AUGGCAACUUCACUGGGUGCAAGAAAUAGCAAUGGUAACAACGGUAAUGGGAAUAGUCGCCGGUUAAAUCGUAAACGUCCUUUAACUCCAAUUGAUGAUGGAAUUUCGGAUACGUAUAACGAUCGGAAUAACGACUAUAUCUGUCCUAUAUGUUUUGGUGUCAUCGAAGAAGCUUACAUGACAAAAUGUGGCCAUAGCUUUUGCUACGAGUGUAUUCGAAGAAGUUUAGAUGAAAAUAGUAAAUGUCCGAAAUGCAACUUUCAAAUCACUGAUAAAGUGGAUCCUAUUUUUCCAAAUAUAACAUUAAAUGAAUUGAUUAUUAAACAUAAGAGAAGGUUAGAUGUUGCCAACAAGUGUGAAUCGUCAGUAAGUAAAGCCGCCAAUAUUAUUCGUGGUAAUCGCUUAGAUGUUGCGGACAUCCUCUCAAGUAAAUCCAACGAUGAUAUGGUUUUAUCUGAUAUUAAUUACCUACUGGAAUCAUUAUCGGAAAAGAAACAACAACUGGAAUUGAACAGUAAAAGCAAUCGCCUACAAUUGCUGAAGGAGUUUCUAUUACAAUCGAGGAAAAAUAAGGAAGAGCAACUAAAUGAUUUAAAAACAAAGCUGGAUUUACUAUCGAAUGAUUUAAAAGUAGUGGAGGAGAAUCUUGUCCAAUUUCCGACCGCUUCAACCUCUCCUGCUUUCAAUGGUAACGUUGGAGUUGCAGCGACUAGCAAUAAUUUAAAUUCAACUGUAAAUGCAGGUGCUAAUGGAUUUAAUGGCAGCAAAUAUGUUAAUCCCAAAUAUUUAGUAAGUCAUAGUAUCAGUGAAAGAAGAAAACGUUUAAGUAUUCAUUAUGAAGAUUUGGAAGAUUGUUAUUUUUCCAUUAAGCAAUCAGCUGGCUCUAAAGAUGAUAGUUUGGAAUUAUUCAUGGAACAUUUAUCCAAAUUUACAAAGUUUGAUCGUUUUAGAGCAUUAGCUACGUUAAAUUAUGGCGAUCUAUAUAAUCAUUCAAGCAUAGUAUCUAGCAUUGAAUUUGAUAGGGAUUGUGAUUAUUUUGCUAUAGCCGGUGUAACGAAAAAAAUUAAGAUUUUUGAAUAUAGUAGCAUUAUCAGAGACGCUGUUGAUAUUCACUAUCCUGUCACAGAAAUGACGUGUAGCUCGAAAAUUAGUUGCAUUAGUUGGAGUGCAUAUCACAAGGAAGUUCUAGCCAGCAGCGAUUACGAAGGUACUGUUGCUUUAUGGGAUGCGUUUAACGGAGUUAAAACUAGAUGCUAUCAGGAGCAUGAAAAAAGAUGUUGGUGUGUUGAUUUUAAUAAAGUUGAUCCUAAGUUGUUUGCUUCUGGUUCUGAUGACGCUAAAGUGAAGUUGUGGUCGACCAAUUUAGAGCAUUCAAUAGCAUCUCUUGAAGCCAAGGCGAAUGUUUGUUGUGUCAAGUUCAGUCCUGUUAGCCGUUACCAUUUGGCAUUUGGUUCAGCCGAUCACUGCGUCCAUUAUUACGAUCUGCGAAAUACUAGUAAAUCUCUUGCGGAUUUUAAAGGCCAUCGCAAGGCUGUGUCUUAUACCAACUUUGUUAACGAAAAUGAAAUUGUAUCAGCUUCUACCGAUAGCCAGCUAAAGCUUUGGGAUUUGAAUGUACCAUACUGCACUAGAACAUUUAGGGGUCAUAGUAACGAAAAGAAUUUUGUUGGCCUGGCCACAGAUGGAGACUAUAUAGCUUGCGGCAGUGAGAACAAUUCCUUGUACCUAUAUUAUAAGGGGCUUUCAAAGCAGUUAUUAUCUUUCAAAUUUGAUGUUGUACGCAGUAUUUUUGAUAAAGAUUCGAGAGACGAUGACAGUAAUGAAUUUGUCAGUGCUGUUUGUUGGAAAAGGGUUACUAAUGUGCUGGUAGCAGCAAAUAGUCAAGGAACCAUAAAGGUAAUUCCGGAUUUCUAUCCUGUAUUGAUGUUUCAUAAUCAUUACAACGCCUACGAUAAUAUGAAUCUCAUUGUUAGCCCAUAA